AUGACGAAGAAAAGGAAUGCAUUCAUGCGGAACAAUUGCGUUGAAGCUUAUGAGCGUGGGCUCGACUGGAGCUUCCGUCAGUGCAGAUCGUAAGUCCAUUUUUAGCGACCUGUAUCUCAAAAACCAGGGAGGAAGCUGGACGUGGUCCAGAGAAGAAUGGAACGUGCCGUGGUUGAGUCAUGCGGCUGGACAAGAUCAGGAACGAGGAGUUUGCGAAAGGCUGCCAAAAGUGUCGAGGACUGCGUGGUUGCGUAAAGUCGAGUGGGCCGGAAAGGUCGCCAACGGAGAUGAAUGGAUGCCACUAGAGUACAAACGUGUUCUAGGUCGAUCAGUGAUGCGGUGAGUAGCCGAAAUGAAGAGAAGAGUGAAGGAAUCUGGAGAGUGUGGAGCCGUCUGGAUGUGCCUAUGACCUUCGGAAGCGGACCCGAGAUAAAGAACUAG